AAUUUCGUCGUUAAUUAUUUAUUUUUCCUCCGUUCUUUCAUUCAAUUUCAAGGCUCUUUAUUCUCUGUAGGCAAAUCACAAUUGACAUGAUUGCCUAGAUGCCACGCCCCUACUUUAGAAUUAGGAGAUAGGAGAUGCUGUUGGGCCACAGUGUGUUGGGCUGAGUGCGCAGCGUUUAAUAAAAGAAUUAUUAUCAGAGACAAUAUAUAGGAUAUACAGGAUAUUAUUGAGCAUGCCACUCACUCUCACAAACUCACUUCUUCCUCUCAAGCGCCGGCGCCCGGCGGUUUUCUGCCUUUUCUGGAGAGGAGACUCGGAGGAGAGGAUCGCUUCUUGCUUCGCUCUUUCUGUUGUCGAUCCUGAAUGAUCCUGAUCGUGUCUCGUCCAACAAGAAUUAUCGUCACUUCAACAGUCCACGAGGGAAAUUAAGAGUGUGUGCCAUCGGCGUGUUCAAGCAAAAGUUUGACGUUUUGUCAAGAAAUUCUCUCUGGCCCCGUCAAGAAACCUGUUGAGACUUGAGACUGUUGAGAGCAUAAAUAUUCAUUAUGGCAGAGUCUCCAAAGACUAGAGAAACGCAGGAAAGAGAGGAGAUUCUCCUGAUGGUUGAGCAAAUUAAAACCAAAAUGCGAAACUUUCGGUCUUUGAAAGAGCUGGCCAUGGAAAAUUUGACAGGCAGCGGCAUAUUGCUCUCCACGCCUUUCAACAUUAUUCCUCUCCCACUCCAAAAGGAAAUACUGACAAAAGCUGCAAAAACUUUGCGGAGAGAUGAUAUGGCCAGAUGGGUUUUCGAGCGUGUUGCACAAAUUUUCAUGACAGAAAACACAACAGAGUUUGACUUUGGCAUGUUUCAUGGGUUUUACUACAGCCUAGAUCUGCAUUGGAGAUUACUUGCCGAAAGGUGUCCAAAUUUGGAGAGUGUUACUGACAACCGAGAGUGCUUUCCGAAGGAUCGAGAGCGCUUUCCACAUUUCCCGGAACGUCCCUCCUUGAUCAGUGUGCUGCCAUACCUUUGGAUGCUACCUAAACUUGAGCACAUAAUUCUUGGCGGUUAUCUCUGCACCUCCCAAGAACUGACUCUGCUUGCAAUAAAGUUCCCAAAUUUGCGCUCUUUGGCUAUCAAACCUGAUAUGAUUAACAACAACACAAUGAGCGCUCUGAUUUCGAUGCAGCGUCUUGAACGAGUGGAUUUUAAUUGGCACGAUGAAGAUCUGGAAGAAUUAAAUGUCUCAGAAGCAGCGUACGCUGAGCAGCGCGACUACUUCAAUCGAUUCAUAACCCAAUGCAUUGCCAACCUGCCGCGCCUGCAGUUCAUCUCACGGGGUGAAUCACUCCACAAUGAAUUUCCCUUCCCUGGCAACAGACUGCAACUCCGUCAGAUUACUGUCAUUGGUUAUUUUGAAUUUGAAAAAGUCCCCUUUAUAGAAGCUCUUGAACUAAUUUGCACCUAUGAAGAUUAUUUUAAUCCCAGCAAUUUUGGUUUCUUUUCCAAUCUACGAUCAUUGACUCUGUGUGACAUAGGAGAACUAGAAAAUGAUCAGCAGUAUGUGAGGGACGUGCUUUCUGUAUGUGGAGAUAAACUUGAGGAACUCUGCAUACAAUCUGCUCCUACUGAAUUGGACCUUUUUGAAAUAAUCUCAAAGUGCCCAAAGCUACGUAAAUUUGAUGUUCAUUGCUAUCUAUCCCCACUUGAUUCCCCUUACAUUGUUACUUCUGACCAUUUUAAAUUCAUGAAGUGUUUCAAGUUCAGGGAAGGGGAAGGAUAUGACGAUAAGUAUUUGCCCAAUUUUUCUAACCUGGUCAAACUACUGCCCCUCGUUCUGACUGCACCAAAUUUAGAAGAGAUUUCUGUACUUGAAAACGUACCCAUAUGUAAGCAUUGUUGAUUUUUCUUGUCCUUUUUGAUUGAUUGUUAUUGUAAAUGUUGCCCAAUAUGCCAAUACUUAUACCCAGGCAUUUAUUUAGCACUUAACUUGAGGUCGGAUGUAUUAAUGAUGUUCCUUCUAUAUAAUCCCAAAAAAUUAUUUAUUUCAAAAGUUUCAAAAUUUAUUAUUCAAUAUUAAAAUGUGUAAAAAUUGCCUUUUGCCAGAUCAUUGAGUUCAGUUACUUUGCACUUCCCGACAAAGAAAUUGUAAAUUUUUUUUACAUGCGUAAACAAACCUUUUAUCAUAUCUCAAAACACACACAGUACUUCAAUUGUGGCGUGUGUUUUAGAAAAACACUUUGCCAGCGUUCACACGUUUCUCUUAAAUUUCUGGUCCAACAAAUUUUGUUAAAUAAUUUCUUUCAUAAAAUAAAUAUUCUUAUUCUAAAAAAAACCGAACCUGGUAGGAAAAUUCAUAUGUACUCAAAUGGUGUCAUUGGUUUCGUAAUUUAUUAAUGAUGCU